AUGGCUGCCAUAAACAUACCUAACCAAAAUUCUCCAUAUUUUCUUCAUUCAUCUGAUCAACCAGGUCAAAUACUAGUCACACAACUACUUGAUGGAGACGAUUAUCCUACUUGGAAUCGUGUCAUGACUAUGGCUUUGGAAGCAAAAAAUAAACUUGGUUUUAUUGAUGGCUCCAUCGCAAAACCAGAACCAAACAAUCAUAAUUUUUCUAAUUGGAUUCGCUGCAAUAACAUGGUUCAAUCUUGGCUUGUUCAUUCAACCAUUGCAAACUCCAUUCUUUGGAUCAAAAGUGCACGUGAUAUAUGGCUCGAUCUCCUCACUCGUUUUAAUCAAAAAAAUGCUCCUAGUAUUUUUGAAAUACGACGCGCUAUUUCAAACCUCUCUCAAGGAACCAAUUAUGUUGCUACUUAUUACACACAAUUGAAGGCCUACCGCGAUGAACUUGAUUCAUAUCGCACGGUUCCUGCUUGUGUUUGUGGUGUCAUUCCUAAUUUCAAUGAUAUUUAUGCUACUGAGCAUCUCAUGGAUUUUUUUACAGGGCUUGAAUGA